CCCCGUUUCCAUCCUCUGCACGUACAGAGGGACCAUUCUUUCCCCUCGCAGUCAUCCUCUUCCUCUGUGAGCCCUGACCUACCCAAGCAAGCUCCAAUCCGACCCGAUGCGGCGCUAGAAUAUCUCCUCUACUCCACCACCGCUGUGCCCUAGAGCUGCCGCUGCGCCGUAGCUUGCGUCCCCGCCGACGCCCGCACCCGCAGCCCCCUCCGCCCCUCGCGCGCGCCGCCGCCAUCUCCGUUCCCGCGGCACCUCAUCGCGUCGCUGCUGUCUCACCCCACUCCGCAAUCUUGGCCAGCCGUGAGCUUCUUUGCCACCCAGUGAUUAGAUAAACCCCACUGAUCUCCACAAAUUCUGGGCGUGCCGCACAAAUUGGGUGUGCUGGUGCACACCCGGCGCACCAUCCUAGAUCCGCCGCUACCUGACCAUGGCUGUCUAUUACAAGUUCAAGAGCGCCAGGGACUAUGACUCGAUCCCGAUCGAGGGCCAAUUCAUCUCGGUUAUGAACCUCAAGGAUAUGAUUUUCGAGUCCAAGCACCUCGGCAGAGGCACUGAUUUCGACCUCAUGAUCUCCAAUGCGCAGACCGAUGAAGAGUAUGCUGAUGAAUCUACCAUGAUUCCAAAGAACACAUCGGUAUUGAUUCGCCGGAUACCAGGACGCCCAAGGAUGCCGAUUGUCACUGAACCAGAAAAGGCAAUGCCUGCAGAAAAUAGGCUAGAAGAAGUCAUGCCUUCUGGUAGCGCUUUUCUUGGUGAUUCCUCGAUGAAAUAUCCUGAAGAAUCUGAGUGGGAUGAUGAGUUUGGCAACUCUUUAUAUGUUAGUGAUUCGAUUCCUUCUCAGCCUGUUAGCCAGGCAGUUAACGCUUCUGAAAAUCAAGUUGACGAAGAUAGUAAAAUAAAAGCUCUUAUUGAUACAGCUGCUGUUGACUAUAGUCAAAACUCUGAUGGAUAUGGUUCUGGAAGAGGGUAUGGCAGGGGGAUGGGUGGGAGAAUGAUGGCUGGCCGUGGUUUUGGACGUGGUCCGGGUCGGCUGGACAACAGGACACUUCCUCCUGGCUAUAUUUGCCAUAGAUGUAAAGUACCUGGCCAUUUCAUCCAACAUUGCCCAACAAAUGGUGAUACUAGAUAUGACGUCAGAAGGAUGAAACCCCCAACUGGCAUUCCGAAAUCCAUGUUGAUGGCAACUCCAGAUGGCUCAUAUGCAUUGCCAAGUGGGGCUGGUGCUGUUUUGAGGCCAAAUGAAGCUGCUUUUGAGAGGGAGAUAGAUGGCCUGCCCACCACCCGCUCUGUUGGUGAUCUCCCACCAGAGCUGCGUUGCCCGUUGUGUAAGGAAGUAAUGAAGGAUGCUGUUCUAACUAGUAAAUGCUGCUUUAGGAGUUUCUGUGAUAAAUGCAUUAGGGAUUACAUAAUUAACAGAUCAAUGUGUGUCUGUGGUGCCACAAGCAUAUUAGCCGAUGAUCUUCUUCCCAAUAAAACUCUAAGAGAAACCAUCAGCCGCAUAUUAGAGGCACCACCAACUAGCAGUACAGAAAACGCGGGAAGCAUGGUGCAAAUACAGGACAUGGAGUCGGCUCUACCUGUACAGCCCAAGAUUAGAACUCCUGCUGUUUCUGCCGCUUCAAAGGAAGAGCCUAAAUCACCGACGCAUAUAGAAGAAUCUCCAGACGCUGAGAGCCAAAGCGGAUUGAAAGCUAACGUUGAUGUGACUUCUUCAGAUAAGAAGGCUAACACCAUUCCAGAUGUCGCUGAAGGGACAAUGGACAAGGCCCAAAAUGAAAAAAUACCAGACAUGACUCAUGUCACGAAAGAGUCGCAGGAAAAAUUGCCUGCAGGCGAACAAGCAGUAAAGAAGAAAAAGAAGAAGAAGGUCCGGGCACCAGGGAACGCCGAGGAGCAAUGGAAUAAUAAUUAUCAAGAUUUUGGAGCUGAAAAUUUUGCUGGAAUGCCUAUGGGACCACCAGGAAAUUUUAACCCUUACUGGGGAGGAGGGGGGAUGCCUUUGCCAAUGGAUUACAUGGGUCCACCAUUUCCAGGUCCCAUGCCUUACAUGGGUUAUCCACAUGGUCCAUUUGAUCCUUUUGGUGGGGGAGUUCUCCCACAAGACCCAUUUAUGCCUCCAGGAUACAUCAUGCCUACAAUUCCUAGGGACCUUUCUGAAUUAGCAGUUAACAGUAUGGGAAUGAACAUGGGGCCACCAGUUGUGAGAAGGGACGAAUUUGAACCCAGGAAACCUGAUGGGAGGAGACGUGAAAUGGACCGAUUCAACGGAAGGGAGAGGGAGAGGGAGCGUGAGCAUUCCCGUGAGAGGGAAAGGGAGAGGGAGAGGCAGAGGGAUCGAGACCGCGAUGUGGAUCGAGACCGACACAGGGACAGGGAGUAUCGAAGGGAAGGCAGGGAAUCGUCAGGAGCCGUAAACGAUAGUACCUCGAUGAGACCUAAGGAUAGAUCGAGGUCCCAGGCGGACAGGUCGGAGCGCGCAAUGCCGCCGCCGACGCUCAGCCCCGAACGGCACUCGCGUCGUUCCCCGCGGCGCUCCUCCAGCUCCGGCAAGAAGCGCGCCUCCUCCGACCGCUACGACGACCUGCCUCUCCCGCCUCCGCCGCCGCCACCUACGUCGCGGCGCGAGGCAGAGCACGCGAAGGCGGCCGCCGCCGACGCCGCCGCGGCAGACCAGCGGUCCAAGGCCAAGGCCAGCGUCUUCUCCCGCAUCAGCUUCCCCGGCGACGCCAACGCCAACGCCUCCGACUCCAAGCGCAGCCGCAGGUCGUCCUCCGACAAGGCCCCUGCGUCUUCAUCCUCGUCCAAGAAGGCCGAGGAGAGCGACAGCCGUCACAACCGCCACCACCAUCGGGAGACCACAGCUAGCGCGGAGGAGGAGAGGCGGAGGCCGCCGGCGGUGGCUGCCGACUACGACGACGAGGAGCAGUCUAGCGAGGAGGAGAAGCACUUCAAGAGGCGCCCGUCGUCCUCCAGGCGGGAGCGGGAGCACGAGGAGCCGCCGCGGCACUCGCGGCGGUCUAGGGAGCGCGGCGACGGUCACCAGCACAACGGUGCUGCCGGCGGCGCCGGCCAUAAGCGCAGGUGAGGUGACGCGAGAAGCAACUGACCUGCCGCCGCUCCAGCCCUUCCUCCGGUGAUGGGCGUCUGUGAUGAUAACGCCUCUAGAGCAGAGCAGAGCAUCUGAGCUCUGCUUGUUUUCGUGUUAUCUGUCGGUGUUGUACAUUGACCUUCUGAGAUUUGGAGUUUAAUCAAAUGAUCAGGCGAGAUGAGGAUUUAGUAAUAAAAUGAUUUAUUUA